AUGGCCGACUACAACGCUCUGUACCAGCACGGCCUUUACCUUUCUCCCGAUCAACAGGACCUCCUCCUUGCCGCCCUCUCCUCGAACAACCCGCCCUCAAAGCAGAAGCAGAAUCCUCAAGAUCCGGAGAUUGGUUCAAAUUCAAACAACACCCCGGGUCAGGCGUCUUCAGGAAGCUUCAAUGCAUCCCCAGCAUUUGAUGGUUCUCACCAGUUCGAGAACCUCAACUACGACGAAAGCCCUUUCCUUGAUUUUAAUCCCGAACUUGAAUGGGACUUUCCCGGCACCGAAAAUUUGAUUGGCGAGUUACCCGGGAGCGCAACGUCAGACGAUCACGAGGUCGGUGACAAGCGCAAGGAAUCCGACAGCAGCAGCGAAGCCCACGGAAAGAAGCGAAGGGAAAGUGACGAUAAGAGCGAUGACAAGGCAUCGAAGAAACCAGGAAGAAAGCCGUUGACGUCAGAACCGACAUCGAAACGAAAGGCACAGAAUCGGGCAGCGCAACGGGCGUUCCGUGAGCGUAAGGAAAAGCAUCUGAAGGAUUUGGAAACGAAAGUGGAUGAACUACAGAGGGCGUCUGAUGAUGCCAAUCAAGAAAAUGGGUUGCUCAAAGCUCAAGUGGAACGUCUGCAAGUCGAACUUCGCGAGUACCGGAAGCGUUUGUCAUGGGUGACUCAAGGAAACGCCCUUUCGGCCAUCAACUCAUAUCCAGGCAACGCCAACCGCAUGUCUGGUCUGAACAAUAAUGAUUUCAUGUUUGACUUCCCCAAGUUUGGUGAUCUCCCUGGCGGUCGUAUCUUCAGUGGUUCGAUGGCCAAGGCAAACCAGAACAAGAAAGAUGACGCUCCCAUACCUGGCGUUCUUCGACACUCUCCGCUACAAACAACAAAUGGCCGAUCUUCUAACACAGCAUCGCCCAGAGACGCCACCCCGAACAAGCCCGCCACCGCAUCUCCCAUCACCGCAAACGGACAUCCGAACAGCUUCUACAAAUUCCAACAACAGUCUGGACAAGUGCACGAUACAUCCAACUCUGAUUCUCCCUCUUCGUCUUCGGACUCGCACCGGUAUCUCUCAUCCAGUGGCACCUCUCCGGAGCCCAGUGUGCAGUCUCCGGAUAACCAGCACAAGGACUCUCAUGACGGGCACGCUUGCACUAUCGACGGAGAAAAAUCAUUCUGUGCCCAACUGGGCAUGGCAUGCGGUAAUAUUAACAAUCCUAUCCCCGCUGUGAGACACCGGAGCGAAAGUGCCACGGGCACGCCCAAUGCACCCCAGAGCACGGAUAACACAGAGAACGUUGCUGGGAUCGACUUUAUGGCCCAGCAGAAUGGCGGCCAAUUUGAUCCGCUGCUAUUUGGGGACUGGCGAGAGCCUCAAGAUGCUAUCCUGUCGCAAGAUUUCAACACGUUCUUUGACGACGCGUUCCCGUUGCCUGAUCUCGGCAGCCCAUCGCACAACCUCACAGAAGCCGGUACAAACGCCCAACCAAAGAAAAGCAUACUUGAAGUCAUGGAUAACAAGAUGGAUGAAGAGGUUGUGCCUGGUGAAGACAAAGCUCAAAUGCUGUCCUGCACCAAGAUUUGGGAUCGUCUGCAAUCCAUGGAGAAGUUCCGCAACGGGGAAAUCGACGUUGACAACCUGUGUUCAGAGCUGCGUACAAAGGCUCGGUGUUCGGAGGGCGGCGUCGUCGUGAACCAAAGGGACGUGGAUGAUAUAAUCGGCCGCGUUUAG